AAAUAGCUUUUCGUAGAGUUUUUAUUAUAUCUUUUUUACAGUUUAGUGUAAAUAUGUUGAGAACAAUAGUUUUAUUAGUCUUAAUAAGUCUUCACUCAAUAGUCUGCGACGACCCGACCAUUGACGUGAAGACCAGCUCAGGUGUGGUGAGGGGGAAGGUUAUCACAUUGUAUAACCACACUGUGGACCAGUUUUUGGGCAUACCCUUCGCACAGCCACCCUUAGGUGCCCUUAGAUUCUCUAAGCCUAAGCCCAUUGAAACGCCAGCGAAGACCAGCGUCGGUACUGUGAGGGGACAGACCGUCGAUGUGGAGAACAAAACGGUUAACCAAUUUUUAGGCAUUCCCUUCGCUGAAGCACCCGUUGGAAAGCUUAGGUUUGCCAAACCGGAGCCCAAAACACCAAUUGCUGAUAUAAUCGACGCAACGAUACCGAAGUACUCGUGUUAUCAAAACGACGACCUCUUGGGUAAACUCGUGUCCAAUGUUAGCGAAGACUGCUUAGUACUGAACAUAUGGUCGCCCAGUGAUGGGAACAGUAGCCGUGGUCUCAAACCUGUCAUGUUCUGGAUAUACGGCGGCGCCUAUAAAGAUGGCUCUAUAUUCUUACCGACAUAUGACGGUCGGGUGAUUGCCUUACACGAUGUGGUCAUAGUGACCACCAACUAUAGGGUUGGCCCCUUUGGCUUCUUAUAUGGAGGCCAAGAUAGUGCUCCGGGUAAUCUUGGACUCUAUGACCAGUUGCUGGCACUUAAAUGGACGAGAGAAAACAUUCAUUUAUUUGGUGGGGAUAAGGAUCAGAUCACUAUAUUUGGUGAGAGCGCCGGCAGUUGGUCUGUCUCUGGACACAUAAUGUCUCCCUAUUCGAGGGGUCUGUUCAAGAGGGCUAUACUGGAGUCGGGAGCUAUUUAUAUGGACAAAGAUAAUGGACUUCUGAGCAAAACCAAGGCUUUAGAAGAGGCCAAACAAAUGGCUAAAGUCUUCAACUGUACGGAUGAUAAGCAAUGGUUGGAGUGUUUGCGAGGGAUUGACGCCAAGAAACUAAACAAUUACACACUUCUCGAUACGUACCCCAUAUAUGACACGGACUACCUGCCUAUGAAUGCACAGCACGCCUUCAAAACACAUAAUUAUAGCUCAGACAUCGACAUAAUGGCCGGUGUUAUGCGAAACGAGGGCUCCGUAUUGGCCCACAAUUUCUUCCCGAUCACUGACUCCGUGAAGACUCGCAAAGACUUUGAAGACGUGAUUAAGACGCUUCCCAUACCGGGAAUGGCUGUCGAAAAGAUCGCCGACUUUUAUUUGGCAGACAUUUCUAAUGCAACGAAUGCCACAAAACAUGCCUUUUGGGAGUUCUUCGGCGAUGUGGUCAUCACUUGUCCCACAUAUCUGUUCGCCAAAGAUUUCGCUCAAUACACGCCUAAAGCCAAUGUAUACUUCUUCGAGUGGACAUACCCUUCAAAAUUUGUGGCGCCGGUCAUGGGCUGCACCGCUGAAAUGGGUAUCUGUCACGCCUCGGAGAUAGAGCACGUGUUCGGCCUACCGGUGCUCAUGCACUCCGAUGACAUGGCCUUCAGCGAGAGUGUGGUUAAAAUGUGGACCAAUUUCGCAAAGACAGGAAAACCAAUGGAUGGGACGGCAUUCAAAUGGCCCCGACUUAUAGAGGCUGGUGUUGCGGACCCGGUGCCCAAAAUUAAGGAGAUUAACCCCUCGACACCCGACCAUAUAAUUGAGAAAUUUUUUGCUAAAACAUGUGACGGAUUUUGGAGGGAUUAUUACAAUGAGAUAUAA